AUGCAGAAAGAACAGUCUGACUCUAGGUCCGUCGCCGACCUCGUAGCUGCGCGGGCUCGGUGCCAACGUGCAUGUCGCCGUUUCAAUAAUGCAGGCGAGGUCUCUCGACGGCAAAUGCUGGAGCUCUGGAAAGACAUUGUGAAUGAUCAGACCCCUCUCCCUCCACCUCAAGAGGACCCUCUGGACGAUGAUAUCCAGCUAGAACAUUACCCUUGGAUUGAACCUCCAUUUCGAACCGACUAUGGACACAAUUUGAAAGUGGGCGAGGGCGUCUUUAUCAACUUCGAUGCAGUCAUCAUCGACACCAGUCCAAUAACAAUCGGGGCGCGCACGUUAAUUGGCCCUCGGGCCAGUCUGUACAGCGGCACGCAUCCGUUAGACCCAGCCGAGCGGAAAGGCUUCAAGGGUCCUCAGAUUGGAAAAGAAAUCCACAUUGGAGAAGACUGCUGGCUAGCAGGCAACGUGACGGUAUUGCCUGGAGUGGCUAUCGGAAAGGGGGCAGUUAUUGGAGCUGGCAGUGUGGUCAACAAGGAUGUGCCUGCUUUUCACUUGGCUGUUGGCAAUCCAGCGAGAGUGAUUCGUAAAAUUGAGACCGCCAUGAGCGAGUGA